AUGAAGAAAGAUUCAAAUUGCGCGUUACCGACACUGAUUCGGACAUAUAAGGGUGUUGAUCAGUAUGGUUGGCGAGCUACAUGUCCUAAUUCUGACUGCAACCGAGUAUACUGCGUCGAUAGUGUUCGAAAAAAUGGAACAGGUCUUGUGCUCAAUGAAUGUGAUAAUGGUCAUAAAAGGACGUCAUUGUAUGCUGAAGAUUCUUAUAUUGCUGGAUUUCAAAAGAAAGCAUACGUACUCAAAGCAGCAGCAGCAGCAGCAGCAGAAGAAGAAGAAGAAGAAGAAGAAGAAGAAGAAGAAGAAGAAAAAGAAAAGAAGAAAUAG